UGUUGAUUUUCAUUAAUUCUAGAUAUGUUCGUUAUUUGUGUGGGCGUUAACUCUUUUGAUUUGCUUAUAUAUUAAUUUAUAUUUUUAAUUGGUCUUGGAUACAAUAAACAAUUUUUUUCCUACACUGAUACAACGAAUCAAUGCAACGUAUCUAAUUUAUCUUUUUAAUUUUUAUAGAAUUGAGGUUAUGUCAUCUCCAUACACCAAAUUUAUAUUUGUAAAUAACUAUUGUUUUUCAGAAUAUCCAAUUGAAUAUGGGAACAUGCUUUGGACAGCUGAAAAGUAUAUCAAGAAGACGUAAAAGACUCUACAAGCUUGAACAUUCCCAUUACAAUAAAAAUGAAGACAAAGUUGAGCUUCACUUCUUGGUGGAAGAAGAAGAAAUUCAUGCUCAGGAAACUGCUAACAAUGAACCAUGUAGAUCGAAGAAAAUUUGUCAUAGGAUUUGCUCAUUCCUCAAACCUAACUGCUACAAGCAUAUUCGCGGUGGCCAUCGCAUGCUAGAGGUGGAGACAGAGAGCAGGUGUGAAUCACCGAGCCCCAGCCAUAGCAGUGUGGCCAACAUUGCUACUGAUGCGGAGGAUGUACAUUUGGUAACCUUGGAUGUGAGGACACUCCGUAGUGUACAGUCUGCUUGGCGGUACGUCAGUCUCACACCACCCAGCUCGAUAGAUUUAGAGUGGGAGAGUGAUGGUAUCGUGGGUAAUGCUGCACCGUUGUGUCAGCCACGCCUGCAGAGCACGACAGAAGAGUGCUCCACUGCUUCGGUGUUGGAGGACAGCCCUGCAGAGUCACUAGAGUGGGACUCGUGCGAGGGUGCAUUGGAUACUGACACUGAGCAGCUGCUCUGCGAGAUCGAGCGACUGACCGCUCGUGCGCUUCGGGAGACUGGGGGCGACUGGGCCAACAGAUAGCCUCCCUCCCCCCUCUUCACUCACCAUAGUGCCUCCCAGCCGGUGCUUGUUCACUAUGUUUUCUUUUGCUCAAACAUAAUUUUCCAAAUGCUAUAUACAUGUUGCUCUCAAUUGUUUCUAUUGGCUUCAUUUGGUAAGAUGAAGAUAAUGAACAUUCAUUAAUAAUGAAAGAUAUUAAAGUAAAUAAAUCACUCUUGUUAAAUAAGAUUUAUUGUUAAUUAGUUUUGAGCAUUCAUUUUUUUUUAGUUCUUGAAACAAAUCAGUACUUGCAAUUUAGUUAUUUAACAUAUCAUUCAUUGACUGUUAUAUUUGAAAAUUGAUGCAUCGAGAAAAUUGUUUAAGUUUGUAAUCUAUUAUUCCAUCGAAUAGUAAAUUAUAACUAUAUUAGCUAUUUUGUUUGUUAAUUACAAUUUGAAGAUGUAAAUUAAGAAUAACGUUGACUGUUAUAUUUGAAAAUUGAUGCAUCGAGAAAAUUGUUUGAGUUUGUAAUCUAUUAUUCCAUCCAAUAGUAAAUUAUAACUAUAUUAGCUAUUUUGUUUGUUAAUCACAAUUUGAAGAUGUAAAUUAAGAAUAACGUAUUUUCUAGUUCAUUCAUGCAUGCAUUUACUUUUUAACAUAAAUAUGAAGAAAUUAUGUUAUAUUUCGUUUCUUAUGAACAAUGUUCAUCUUAACUGGUAAGUCUCUGUUGGUCGUAUUAAUUAAAGGAAGUGAUGCAUUGUCUUAGCCGGAACGAGCUUGUGACUUUUCAGUUAUCAGUUUGGGAUCAUCCUUGGUUGCUAUAAAGGUUGUUUUUGUUAUAAAAUAUCUUACAGUGCCUUUGUCAGUUUUGUAGUUACAUAAUGGUUGAAACAACGAAUUACUUAUGUAUUAUAUUACUACACAUU